CUGCCUCACACUUGCGACCGCCUCCGAUACUCCUCCACCUUCCUUCAAGCCCCCCUUUUCUCUCCUCCCAUCAUGGAGAGGACUCCCUCUCCUCCACCGAGGUUGCGCACGCCGCCCGCUCCGAAAUGGGCCAAUUACGAGCCCUAUUCGCCGCGUCGCUCGUCCAGAGUCGCGGCUCGUCACAACUCUCACCUUCACAUGGAGUCGACCUCACCUACGCGCUCGCGCACUGUCCGUGACGUGACCCCAACAACCUCCAGGAAGACAGCAGCCCCGCCUUCGUCGUCGCUCACCUUGUCCCCUCCAUCAUCACCCGUCUCGCCCGCCAAACGCAUUGCGCACACCAAGACCGCCGCGGACGACUCAGAGUCUGAUCAAUUUGCUGCUCCCACGCCUGCACGUCGUUUCUUGUCGCAGCAAGGCUCUUUACUUACCCCGGCCAAGACCCCGCGCAAGCGCGACCUGAAGACGUCGGACUCUCUCGGACCAACAGCGCGUGUUUUGUUCCCCAAUCGCCCAGCCACCAUUGAGGAGGCCAUGCCCACCCCGCGCAAGGCUCGCAAGACCACCGCCUACACCCUGGAGAGCUUUGCUGAGCAGAUGGAGGACGACAAUACCAAAAUCUCCAUCUUCACCGAUUCCAAGGAGCGCAUCCCAACCCACGAUGAUGACGACGACAAUCCUUUUGUCACCCGCAAGGGCAAGGGCAAGGCCAAAGCCAAACCCAAGGCGACCCCGCAGCAGAGGAUCCGCAAGGGCGAUCCAGAUAGCCAGGAGAUGUUCGACGCUUCGUUGAAACGCGACGAAGGUGUCGUCUUCACCUUCAAGGGCAAGAAGAUCUUUCGCAAGUUCCACGAUGGCCCGCCUUCCAAUGCCUCGGAGGGAGAGCGUAUCUUGUUCGAGGAGGAUGAAACUCGCCGCCGUGCUGGUGUGGCUAUUGCUGGUCGCAUCACGCGCUCGUCCAUCAAACCGCGUACUCUGUUCAAGGAGGAAAUCGCGCAACAAGCACGCGAGCGUGGCGAAGAGGAUGAUGAGGAAGCCCUCACUGAUAUUGAGCCGCAAGUUGCUACUCCGAGUCGCAAGUCCAAGAACGCUACUCCAUUGUUCCAAGUAGCAACCCCACCGCCUACCAAGCGAGUGCAGCGUCAAAUUUCUUUCGAGUCCUGGAGCCGUGUCAAGUCAUCCUCUCGAGCAGACAGCUCCGGUCAAGGCAGCAGAAAGCGUAGCGGCCCUCUUCUAGAAGGUCCCACAGACAAGCGCAGCCGCAGCCAGCAGUCAACCCCCUCGGCCAACUCUACCAUGUCUGUCGAUCAAGCCAACGACCCCGCUUAG